AUGGCCCAUCGAUCUCCCCUCGUAGUUGCUGGUUUGGAAACGCGAGACGGUGAAAGUCAAACAUCUGACGAUGAUGAUGAAAUUGAUUUAGAAAAUCUUAAAUUAAAUGAUAAUUCGACAUGGAAAAGUUCAUAUAGUUCGAGCUCUGGAAUGAUCUGGUCUUCAAUUCCUCAUCGUCCAACGAAAAUUGAUUCUUCAAAUGACACUAUUGGAAAAACUGACCUUACAAAUAUCACUGAAGAUAUUUCAUCCGUUGAAGAUGCAUUUAUGUGUUUUAUGCCAAAAAUAAUUCUAGAGAAAAUUUUGAUUUAUCCAAACUUGGAGUUUACUCAGAAGAACGCUUCUAAUGAAAGAACAGAAAAAAUAACAAUCAUGGAAUUGAAAGCUUUUAUUGGACUUUUAUUACUUGCCGGUUUGUUGGGAAAAUCGAAGAAAGACCUGAAAUGCUUAUGGAGAAGAAGUCCAUUAAAAUCUCCAAUAUUCAAAGCCACCAUGUCAAGAGGUCGUUUUCAAAAUAUUAUUUCUUGUUUGAGAUUUGAUGAUACAAAAACAAGAGAAGAAAGAAAGCAAACAGAUAAAUUUGCUCGAUUAAAUGUCUCACGCCACAAAAUGGUUAGUGUUACGACAAACGCUGGAAUUCAAAUGCCUCGUUUAAUUUAUGGCACAGCGUGGAAAAAAGAACGUACAAAAGAUUUGGUUAUCAAAGCCUUUUUAACUGGUUUUAGAGGCGUCGAUACCGCUUGUCAGCCUAAGCAUUACCAGGAAGAAUUGGUUGGUGAGGCAGUGUCAAUUCUUCAAUCUCAAUACAAUAUUGAUCGUAGAGAUAUAUUUAUUCAAACCAAAUUUACAUCAGUAGACGGUCAAGAUCCUAAUCGUAUUCCGUAUGAUCCAAAGGCAAAUUUAGCCGAUCAAGUUCGUCAAUCAUUUGCUCGUUCAUUACAAAAUCUACGAACUGAUUAUAUUGAUUCUCUUGUUCUUCAUGGUCCCGAGCGUACCCACGAUAAAACAAUGAUUGUUUGGCGUGUAUGCGAAGAAUUUUGUGCUGAAGGCAAAGUAAAACAAUUGGGUAUAUCGAAUUUAUACGAUUUACAACGUUUACAACAAUUGUGGAACGAUUCUAAAGUGAAACCAUCGGUUAUUCAAAAUCGAUUUUAUGCCGAUUCAGGAUAUGAUGAUGGUAUAAGACGAUUUUGUCGAGAAAAAAAUAUUUUCUAUCAAAGUUUCUGGACAUUGACAGCUAAUCCACAUUUAUUAAAUAGUUCGUUAUUUAAAAAACUAGCAUCAUCAAGGAAUGGUACCACUGAGCAAGUUUUAUUUCGUUUGCUGAUGGAUUUGGGUCUGACACCAUUAACGGGUACUACAAACGAGCAACAUAUGAAACAAGAUUUAGAUGUAUUAAAUUGGAAAAGUUUUUCUCCUGAUGAAGUAAAACAAUUUGAAGCGCUACUAAAAUAA